AUGACGCGACUAGUGACACUGCUUCUCGACAGCAUCAAAGCUCGAAAACAGAGAGGACCCAAAAAAGAGACCUAUUUUCAAUUCCGUGUCAACCAGUCAGCUCGAUUAAGUAGCUCCUCCUGGAUACCUUUCAAGAGACAAGCGCGCCAAAAACCAUUGGCCAUCGACAUUCCACGGCCGACGUCGCACCUCCUGGACGUAAUGGCGAUGACUGCAACCGCAACAGCUGCGGCAGCGACAAGCUUUCCACGAGGCGGCAGGAAGUCCAAAGUCCUGCCGGACACCAAGCAUGCAACCACGUCCGUAGCUUCUCCAGGUGAUGCGUUGUUUGGCAAACGCGGCUUGGCCACCGCCUCGACUGAGGAGCAGCCGUUGAAGAAGAAGAAGAAGACGCUCCAGAAGACUGUGGGCUCAAAGAGCAAUGGCAACAGCAGCAAAGACGCGCUCCCAGCAGCUGCUACUGCUGCGGUGCUGAGCUUCCAGACGCUGCGCAAGGGCAUGCUGCUGCUGGGCUGUGUGCGCCACGUCGCAGACGGCCAAGACCUGCUCAUUAGCUUGCCGAAUAAACUCAAUGGCACUGUAUCUCUGGACGAGUGCUCGGACGAGUUUCACGAGCACUUACAGACGCUGAAGACGCGCACGAAGGCUGCAACGACAGAGCAAGAGCAGAACGAGGAACCCUUGCCGCCACUCAGCGCUGUCUUUCAAGUCGGCCAAUUUGUGCCCUGCGUGGUGCUAUCCACGUCAAAGACGAACAAACAUAAGCAGAUCCAGCUCUCGCUGCGCACGUCGCUCAUUCACGCCGAGCUCAGUCCCAGUAGCGUCAUCAAGGGCGCUUCGCUACACGCUACAGUGUCAUCGGUGGAAGAUCAUGGCGCCAUUGUCAACGUAGGUAUCCAUGGCGUGCACGCUUUUGUACCCAGCAAAGAGCUUGCAACGCCUGUUGUGAAGGGCCAGCACGUGCUUGUCAGCGUGCUCUCCAUGAACACGCACACGAACACAGCCACUGUGACAACUGACCGCAACCAGGUGGUCAAAGCAGUCACACGGGGCGACUCUUUUACGCUGAAGCAACUCGUACCAGGCAUGCUGCUCAAUGUCCGUGUUGAAGACGUCUUGGCGAUUGGCUUGAGUGUCACGUUCCUGACCUUUUUCACAGCCACUGUCGAGCAGAAUCACAUGAGUUUGCCCUGUGAAUCUGGAUGGGAAGAGGCCUACCGCAAAGGCAUGAAAGCUCGUGCACGCAUCAUGACCAUUGACUAUGUGGCCAAGAAAAUCACACUGUCCAUGGCUCCGCACGUGGUGCAUUUGCAGGUGCCGUCGUCCCCCUUUGCAGUAGGUGACACGAUUGAAAAUGCUACCAUUGAGCGGAUCGAUGCUGGUAUUGGCAUGCUGUUGUCGCUGAAGAGCAAGACCGACGACGUUGAGAUGGAGGAUGCUAGCGCGAAGAAGGAUUCGAUUACAAACGCCAAGUGGAGAGCUUUUGCGCCUGGGUAUGUGCACAUAUCAAACGUCUCGGACAAGCGUGUGGACAAGCUCGAGAAGAAGUUCACUGUGGGUGCAAGCAUAAAGUGCCGUGUACUGGGCUUUGCGCCCUUUGACGCAGUUGUAAGUGUGAGCUGCAAGGAAGCUUUGAUCUCACAGACUGUGCUGCGCCACAAGGAUCUUAAACCAGGAACCAAGGUGAGCGGUAAGAUUCUGUCCGUUGAGUCGUGGGGCAUUCUGAUGGAAAUCAGUGAGGGUGUGCGGGGUCUGGUAACUCCGCAGCACAUGCCGGCGUUUCUGCUGAACAAGAAGGCCAACAACAGUGCCAAGUACAAGGUUGGCAAGACUGCGACCGCUCGUGUGCUGCACGUCGACCUUGAAGCCAAGAAGACGUUCUUAACCAUGAAGUCGGGGUUGUUGAUGUCGGAGCUUCCUGUGCUAAGCUCGUUCGAAGAAGCAACGACAGGCUUCAUUGGCCAUGGUUUCAUCACGAAGAUCGCCGAGUACGGCGUCAUUGUCAGCUUUUACAACAACGUGUUCGGUUUGGUGCCGAUGGCUGUUCUCCAGCAGGCUGGCAUUGAGAAUCUCGAAGAAGCUUACGCUCUUGGUCAAGUUGUGAAGACCCGAGUAGUACGUAGUGAUGCGAGCAAGAAACGAUUGAUGCUCUCGCUCGAUACGACGUCAAAGAGCUCAGGUUCUACAGCCACUGCUGCUCCGGAAAGCGCUUCGAAACUAGUGGGAACGACGGUUGUUGACGUCAAGAUUACGGCUGUCGAGGCUACGUGCUUUCGCGUUCAGACCAAAGACGGACUGGAAGGCGUGCUUCCGUUUGUGCAGCUGACGGACUUCCCGCGUAAUACGUCGCUAGUGGAUGAGAUCAUGAAGCGCUUUCGUGCUGGUGAUGUCAUUACGGACCCGCUGCUCGUUCUUUCUGAGGAUUCUGACGGUGUCUUGACUUUGUCCAAGAAGCCGCUCCUGCUCGAGUUUGCAUCGCGCAAUGCCGUUCUGCCACGCACCUUUGGCGACGUGAAGGAGAAGGCUGUCUUGAUUGGUUACGUGACGUCCGUGAACGUCUCAAAGGGAGUCUUUGUCAAGUUUUUGAACAACCUCGUUGCCGUGGCUCCUAAGGGAUUCCUCAUGGAGCAGUUCGUUGCGCAGAUUGAAGAAGGCAUGUUUGAAAUUGGUGACACAGUGACGUGCUCGGUUGAGAAGAUUGACAGAGAGAAGAAGCGGUUCGUUGUUGGUUUCCAGCAGCAUAGCUUCCUGCAGACUACGAACAGUACAAACAAGGCACGACCAGCCUACUUCCAGGCGUAUCUUCGCGAGCAAACUGCGGUCCGCAACGCUGGCAAAGCGAAGCAAGGUCAGGUUUCUCUCGGUAAGACAGAAAAGGCAGAGUUUGUUGGUGUCCGUCCGUACGGUGCUAUCUUUGCAUUGGAGAAGGAUGAUGAAACAGUUACGGUGUUGGUCCCUUUGGUGACGGAGGAAUCCAAGGGUUGGAGCGAAGGCGACACUGUCAAGCUGUUGCUGACGGACUUUGAUUACAGUAAGAAUCGCAUCAAGGCAGGAGAAAAGAUCGCAGCUGCUACUGUGGUGGCUGUCAGCUCCACGGAAAAGUAUGCGGUGGUGUCUUUCCCUGAUUCACAAAGCAGUGAUGUGUUACACUUUGGCGUGCUGGAGCUGUGCGACUUCUGGUGUCCGUCCCAAACGAGUAGUCAGCUUGGCAUUGAGGUGGGUGCGUCUUUGGAAUGCCGUGUAUUGCGAUCUUCACUGAAGAGCGGCUCCGUUGCAACGCCGUUCGAUGGCUUGGUGUUGCUGGCGCUCGAGGAAGAAAAGCUCGGCUCGAAGUCCAAGGGAGUUCCUCGCAAGUUGACGUCCAAGCUGCCCAAGUACACACCGACUGAUUUCGUGCUCGGGAACAUGCUGACCGGUGUCAUUGCGGGCAUUUCCGAGAGCUCGAUGGAGAUUCGCUUCGAGAUCAGCAAGAACAUGGGGAAGAUCCGGACGUUGGUCUCUGUCGUCGAUGUCGAUGACAUGGACGAGAAGGCUGGCCACUCGCACCCGUUUGACCGGUACUCGGUGAACGCCACCGUCACGGGUCGACUGAUCGCCGUGACCACAAAAGGACCCAACAAACUCAAGCCUGUUAGCGAGGAGAACCCAGCGAAGUUUCAUGCCCUGCAGCUGUCACUGCGCACAGAAGACGUGGCUGGCGACGAGAAGGUGCGUGACGUACAGCGCUUUGCUCGUCCAGAUUGGCUCGAGGGCAGUGUGGGUCGAGCACUGCUGAAGGAAGGCAACUCUGUUGAGGGAGUUGUUGUCGAGCAGGCUGCAGACCACUUGACAGUCAAGCUUAGCAGCCAUGUUUCAGGCACUCUUAGCUGCACGGAAGUGUCAGAAGAAGUGGAGGUGAUGCGUGCAUUUCAAGACAAGUUCCCGGUCGGUAAGCGCGUGCAGUGCUUUGUGCUUCAAGUCGACGAUGAGAAAAAGGUGGUGGACUUGUCGGUCACCCGCUCUUCGUCAGCCCAGACCAAGGCCGUUCUCAAGCCCGGGGCUGUUGUGAACGGCGUGAUCUCGACCAAAAAGUCGGCGGUUCGUCCACCGUCGAUCAUGGUGCAGCUCGGGGCUCACACGUUCGGUCGUGUGUGUGUUACUGAGCUUCUCGCUGACUGGAAAAAUGACAUGCUGGAGCUGUCCCAGUUUGCUGCCGGCCAAGUCGUGCGCUGCGUUGUCCUUUCAACCGCUGGAAACCACAUUGACUUGUCUUUGCGUGCGGAUGCGCUGGCAAACCCGGUGGAGUACGCGAAGAAGACGGCCAAGCCACUCGAGCGCAAGAUUGGCGACUUGGUGCCAGCAAUCGUGGCUACGACGACAUCGAGUGGAUGCUUUGUACGCGUGGACCGCCACUCGACGGCACGUGUGAUGCUGCGUGAUCUCAGCGACGACUUUGUGAAGGCUCCGCAGACCCAAUUUCCUAGUGGCAAGUUGGUCGCUGGCCGCGUGACGAAGAAGUCGGACCGUGGUCUAGAGCUCAGUUUGAAGGCGUCCGUCGUCUCGGAAGACGUGUCAAUGUUCAAGUGGAACGACCUCAAGGAAGGUCUGACAGUGAAGGGCACGAUCACGAAGGUGCAAGCGUACGGCGUGUUUGUCCGAAUCGAGAAGAGCACGAUCAGUGGUUUAUGCCACAUCUCGGAGAUUGCGGACGAGAAGGUGACGCAGCCUCUGGAUCAGGUUUUCUCGGAAGGCGACUACGUCAAAGCCAAGGUGCUCAAGGUUGAGAAUCGUCGCGUGUCGUUUGGACUGAAGCCGUCGUAUUUCCAAGGUGAGGCGAGCAGCUCGGAAGAGGAGUCGGAUGAGGAAGAAGAGGAGGCGGAGGGUAGUGAUAAUAACAAUGACGAGGAGGAGGAGGAGCAAGUGGAGUCGAUGGAAGUUGAUGACGAAGGUGAAGACGAAGACGUUCCGGUCAAGAAGCUGACGGAGAAGCCGUCGAAGGCUGUGGUAAUGGAGCUUGAUCCGGGUCACGAUGGAUCGUCGACGGAAGAAGAGAUCGAGAGCAGCAGUGCUCCUGUCGAGUUUAGCUGGGACGGAUUCUUGAGCGUGCUGAGCAAGAAGACAGACGACAAAGUUGAUGACGAUGCGAUGUCUUCAGAGACAGAGACGGAUGGCGAAGAGGAAGCUGCCAGGUCUGCCAAGUCGAGCACAAAGACGGGUGUCCCGAGUGAUGAAUGGGUGACUCUACGUGAAAAGGCUCUCGCUAGCAAUGACGAGGUCCCUCCUCAGAAUGCCAGUGACUACGAACGUCUUUUGGCAGUGUCGCCUCAGAGUUCGUACCUGUGGAUUCAGUACAUGGCUUUCCAUGUGUCUCUGACCGAGGUUGACCUCGCUCGUGACGUGGCGGUUCGGGCGACUUCUGCCGUAUCGUUCCGCGACGAGAAGGAGAAGCUGAACGUGUGGGUGGCCUAUUUGAACUUGGAGCAUGACUUUGGCGAUGAUGCAAGUUUCCUGCGGGUGUUCAAGAGCGCGUUGCAAGUGAAUCACCCGAAACGCGUGUACCUCCAUCUGGUGGACUUGUACGCUCGUGCUGAGGAGCAUGAAGACGUGAAGCAGACACUGUCUACGAUGCAGAAGAAGUUCCGCACGAGUAAACAGACGUGGAUCCGCUCGUUGCAGUAUCUGGUGGACGCCAAGCACUUGUCCGAGGCAGCUGAGACCUUGCAGCGCAGUUUGAAGAGUUUGGCUGGUCACAAGCACUUGCCAGUGAUCCUGAAGUAUGGGCAGCUUCUGUACCAACAGGGCGAGCUGGAGAAGGCACGGACGAUUUUCGAGGGCAUCUUGGCCAACUACCCGAAGCGUCUGGACCUGUGGAAUGUCUAUUUGGACAAGGAGAUCAAGUUUGGCGACGUGGCACUCGUGCGGGCGCUCUUCGAGCGUCUUUUAGCAAUGGAGUUCUCAGCCAAGAAGAUGAAGUUUUUGUUCAAGAAGUUUCUGCAGUUUGAGCAAGACCAGGGCGAUGGCAAACAGGUGGAGCACGUCAAGCAGCUGGCCAAGGACUUUGUUGCUCGCGCGGCGGCCCAGUAA